AUGCUAGACACAGCUAGCAAUGGGAACUUCCUCAACCAGGAUGUAGAUGAUGGCUGGCAACUUGUGGAGAACAUAGCCAACUCAAAUGGAAGCUAUGGAGAAGAGUAUGAUCGCACCAAUCGGAGCUCGACCCACCACUCGAUCGAGUCAGACGAAAAGUUGAGAAAAGAUGUUAAGGCAUUGAAUGAGAAGUUGGAUAAGCUGAUCUUAGCUCAGUCCACAAUGAAGAAAGUCAACUUUGUGUCUGCUGAAGAGAUGGAACCAGUCCAAGAAGGGGAGGAUACACAAUUUGCUGAGGUGUGCUACAUGAGCAAUGGGCAAGGAGGUUACAACAAAGGAUACUAUAAUUACAAGUCCAACCCUGCCAUGUCAUACCGCAACACUGAUGUUGCUAACCCUCAGGACCAAGUCUAUCCUCAACAACAAGCAGCUCGAUCGAGUCAAGGUGCCACAACAUGGGUAUGGUCAAAAGAACAAUUACCAAGGACCCCAAGGACUUUCCCUGGACAACAAAUGAAUAUACCACCAGGCUUUCCCCACCAACCACCCCAGCCUGCACCUUCGCAAGAGAAUGAGCUCAAGGCAAUGCUAAAGCAACUACUUCAAGGGCAAGCUGAUGGGGUAGUGGACACAAGCAAGAAGCUAGCUGAAAUAAACUCCAAGAUCGAGAAUCUCAACACAAGGGUUUACUCUCUGGAGAAUCAUGCUUCUUCUGUUGCUGCUGCUACAAAGCAAGGACAACUACCUGGUAAAGCUAUUCAGAACCCCAAGGAACAGUGCAAGGUCAUCUUCACUCAAGAAGGACUUGUUGAAGAAGAGGAUCAAGAAAGGGUCAUUGAAGAUUUUUGUUUACUGCUGAAUGAUGAAGAGAUUGUUGCUGCUGAGGCUCCUGGAGUCCAGAUUGAUCAACCAGAAGUGCAGGCACCUACUGUGGCCCUUCACACUUCACCAGUUGAGCUCGCACAACAAGCUCGAUCGGCAGCUCGAUCGAGUCGAACUCUAGCUCGAUCGAGUCCGACCUCUUCUGUCCCAAACCAAUUUUGCUUGAUCCUUACCAACCGGUUGCCACUUCCUCAUCUCGCCUACUUAGUCAAGGGCACAAGGAAGUGA